GGAACGUCUCUAGCUGCAAGCUCAGGAAACAUGCUGCAUGUACAGUCGCAGUGAGCGUUGUACUUGUCAUUCUGAUUGUUGCUGUUGUUGUUCUGGCAGUGCAGGUACUUAAAGCACAGCCCCAGCUUGUGGCCUGGUGCCCAGACGGCUGGAUCGGAUACCGAGGGAAAUGCUACUAUUUCUCCGAGGCUGAAGAGAACUGGAACAACAGCCAGAGACACUGCUCUGCACUCGGCGCUUCCCUGGCUGUGAUUGACAGCGAGCAGGACCUGGUUUUCAUGUUGCGAUACAAAGGCAUCUCCGAGCACUGGAUCGGCCUCUGGAGAGAGCAGGCGAGACAGCCCUGGAAAUGGGUGAAUGGCUCUGAUCUCAACAGCUUGUUCCUGAUAGGAGGAGGAAACUGUGCGUACCUGAAUGACAACGGCGUCAGCGCUUCAAGGUGCAUCACCGAGAGAAACUGGGUCUGCAGCAAACCUGAUGCGUAUACAAGCCAGAAAAAACGCGAUGCAGAGGAGUCGGGAGCUGAAAAGCCUCACAAUGGGCUACUAGAGAAACUGCCUCUCGCACAACUGGUCAACAGCUGAGUUUAUAAACAAGGGCUGAAGAAUAAAAUAGCAAAAUUUGCACUGGACGCUGGAUUAUUAGAUUAAUCAAACUGAAAAACAACAGGAGGAACUUCAGCAGGAUCUGGCCGCGUGAGAGGAACGGGCCACUCACCGGCAAAUGAAACAAUGUGACAAAUCUAUAAAGGGUCCAGCGGAGGAAGAAUUAGGCAUUACUCAUCCAUCUUCGUAGGUGCUAAUGCAAUUGCAACAACUCAGGAGACGGAGAGGGAUGAACUGCUGACCCCAUUGAAAUCUAUGCACAUUUUCCCUUUCAAUUCAAGGAGGCCAGCAUCUCCCCCAGGGGAGUCGUUGUAGAUCGCCCAGCGCAGACCUCGGCUGAGCGUGCAGCAGCUGAUGACAAAGCAAACAAGAUGUUGGGAUAUAUAAGGAAUGCACGAGGUGACAAUACAGAAAAUGCUCGGAUGUCAUUAUAUGAAUCAAAGGGACACCCUGAUGGGGAACACUGUGUCCAGUACGGGUCACCCAUCUCCAAAAGGACGCCGCAGAACUAGAGGAGGUUCAGACACCGGUAAGAAGAACGAUGGGAGACCAGGUGGGACUUUGUCAGAGAAUAAGGGGACGUGAACAAGGGAGAUUAGGGUGCUGCUAUUCAAUCCAUCUCUUGCUACAAGACCAAUGGGGCCGCAUA